AAAUCUUUGGGCGGUUCCUUUACUUUAUAUUUCAAAAAAAGAAAAGGAAAAAAACUAGAUAAUUUUUUUUACACAACGAUCAUCAUCUUCUUCUUUUUCUCUGGUAUAUAUAACACGAAAAGACUGUUUUCCCCUUCCCAAACUCUGUACGGUUGCGAUUUCCCGCUCUUUCGCUGAAUGGAGAAUAUCAACGGAGAUCGAGACCAAUGUCGGCUAGCGCCCUCUCCACAUGGGUUUCAGACUACGACCUCUAACUCUUUGUCUGAACAAGAAUCCGACGAGCAGUUUGGGCAAACGAGUGUGGAAGAUUCGGUGUCGGACACCAUUACUGAUCAAGAAGCAUCGGUUUCUGAUUGCGAAAGCAGUGUCUCCGGUUCCCCUAGUGACCAUUUCCCGGUGUUCGAAGGCUUGGUUAGGCUGGCUGAAGGAGAUAGAGUAUACGACCUCGUCAAAAGGAGAUUCGAGUUGGGUUUCGCUUCGCUUGGUGUGCAAGCAACGGUAGCCGGUAUUCAUAGAAAUGGUUUUGGCGGUGUGAUGGGACAAGCGAGGUUGAAUACGUUCCGGAUUUAUGGCCAGGCAAUGGAGAAGAAAUGCGGUGGCAAUGCUAAUAUCAGGUAUGCUUGGUAUGGUGCUUCCAAGGAUGACAUCGUUAAGAUUGCUUCACAUGGUUUUGGUCAUUGUGGGAUAUCUCAGAACAAUGGAUUAUUUGGCGGCGGAGUUUAUCUUUCACCGGAUUAUUCACCUUUGGAAAGUGCGUGCAACUCGGUAGUCGACAAGGACGGUCUGCGACAUCUUCUCCUGAGUCGUGUUAUAUUGGGGAAGGCAGAGCUUGUGCAUAUCGGUUCCGAGCAGUGCCACCCGAGUUCCGAAGAAUUCGAUUCAGCCGUGGAUAAUCUUUCAGCUCCCAGGAAAUAUAUUGUGUGGAGUACCCACAUGAAUACUCAUAUUUUACCCGAGUUUGUAGUAAGUUUCACAGCUCCAUCUUGCUUGGCAGAGUUUGCAAGGAUUCCAAAACCAUCGAGUGUUCCCACUUCACCUUGGGUUCCAUUUCCAGUUCUAAUUUCUGCGCUUUCGAAGUUCUUACCACCUCACACCGUCUCAGUGAUCAGCAAGUAUCAUGAAGCUCACAAAGAAAAGAAGAUAUCACGAAAUGAACUGGUACAAAAAAUCAGACAAAUAGCAGGAGAUAAGUUGUUGAUUGCUAUUAUCAAGUCAUUCAAAUCCAAGCAACUCAAGACACCAACCGGCCUUGCAUAAAAGGUGGCUCUGAUGAAGUCGAAUCGGUUCUGAAAGACAAUUGCAGGAAUUACAAAUAAGAAGUGCAGUUGUCAGUUGCUAUCAAGAACAUGGGCGAAACAAAAGUAGAUACUUUUGAUCAGCUACUUAUAAGGGAAGAAGAUGAUGAGGGAUGCAGCAGAUACUUGAGCGGCUAAGUGGGGUUUCAUACUUUAGAUUUUUUGAGUUCUGCAUAUGGUGUUCUUUCAGUUGUAAUCGCAUGGCGUGUAUUAUCAACUGUGGUUGAUAAAAAAAAGUGAUUUUUCUGGUUCA